AUGGAUGUGCCGAUUCCAGCAAGAAUCAUCUUAAUGGGCACUUCAAAAAUAACGCUCGACGAAAGGUUCUCUAAAUUGCCCAAAAGCUUGUGCCGUCAUACCAUAAAAGUUUCGCCAGUCGGCUACCGGAGUGCAGAUCAUGAUUAUCGAGACUCGGAUGAUGUCGAAUAUUCAUCAGAUCUCGAUUACAAGAACGGCACAGCGAUGGAUGAAGAGGAGUUUUCAAAUUUUCGAUUUGUACCUCGUUACACCGCACGUACCCCACUGUCUAUAUCCCGUCCAGUUCGUUCCUACUGGCGACCUCUUAUGCCUCUUAACCUUCGUGAUCGCAUUAAGUUUCCAACCAGGCGCAACUAUCCCUCAUUUACAUCUGCACGUGGUUUUCUGCGAAGAGGAGCUUAUAGCAGAUCGAAUACCUUUUUGAUGUCACGUCCACUGAAGGAUAUACGUCCUAAACAGAUCGGUUUCAACAACACUUCUUUCAAGUCUGAUCAGUAUGCUAAAAGUGGAGCACCGAGAGGCGUAAGAGGAGUUCGUGGACGAGGUCGUGCUGGGUUGACGUUUCCAAAACGUCAGCCAAUUAGCCGUGAACAGUUGGAUAAAGAGUUAGAUGCCUAUAUGAAACGGGGCAAACAUCCUAAAAUUGAUGUCAGUGAUCUCAUGCAAACCUAA